CAUUCGGGAUCUCGGGAUCCGGAUUUCUCCCGAAGGCCAAAGGAAUGCCCAUUGCUCCCCAUCGCCAACAUGUACGUGAGCUAUCUUCUGGAUAAAGACAUGAGUAUGUACCCGGGAUCUGUCAGGCACUCUGGUAUCAAUCUGGGAGCCCAGAAUUUCGUCAGUCCGCCUCAGUACCCGGACUACACUGGGUAUCACGUCCCCGGGGUAAACCUGGACAAUCACCCGCAAUCCUCCGGAUCCUGGGCUUCUCCUUACGCUCCCGCCCGGGAAGACUGGAGCGCCUACGCCGGACCUACCAACACGGUCCACGCCAUCAACACCUCGCCAGGGACAGUGGGCUACAGCCCAACAGAGUAUAACUUGGUUCAUCAGACCCCGGGAUCCGCAGUGAUCCAACCUUUAAAUAACAGUGCUGUGGAACAGCUUUCACCCAACAGCCAACGGCGCAACCCUUACCAGUGGAUGAGGAAACCCACUCAGCAGCCAUCGUCCACAGGAACAGUUCAAGAGCAAGAAUAUUGUGGGUUUCGUCACCACAACAAACCAAAUCAAUGGACACUCGACAAACUUUAUGAAAAAACAAGAACAAAGGAUAAAUAUCGGGUGGUGUACACAGAUCACCAGAGGCUGGAGUUGGAGAAGGAGUUUCAUUAUAACCGCUACAUCAGCAUCCGUCGUAAAGCUGAGCUGGCGGCCAACCUGGGGCUGUCUGAGAGGCAGGUAAAGAUCUGGUUUCAAAACAGAAGAGCAAAGGAGAGAAAGAUGACCAAAAAGAAAUUACAACAACAGUCUCAGCAUGGCUCAGCUCCGACCCCGCCUGGGACAACAGCUUCUCUCUCAGCUGCUAAUGGUGGGCUUCUGGCUGCUAAUGGUGGGGUCUUACCGGGAACCAUCCCUCAGUGAAUGUGUCUCCUCUUUACUCAGCUGUAACAGCACACAGAUAAUCACAAAGAGACAAGAGGAGGCAAGAGGACUCUUUAAACGAGGGCUCUGAAUUCUUCACACGUGUCCAACCAAAACUUUUGACAGCACUCCAUUCCCAAGGAAAUAUUUUGAAAACUUUUGAACUUUUUUUUUAAAAAAAACUUUCUUUUGUGUGAAUAUUUUAUUCUCGACUACGACAACCAGCAACUACAGGAAUCUCUGAAGGACACUGACGAUUUGCCAGCGUAAUGUUACUGACUGUAAUUUUGAUCACUUGUCACCUUCUAUCCGUGUGUUUCAGUUUUUAAUACAGUGAAUUAUUCCAUAUACUGUAUCGCAGUUCUUAACGUUAAGUCUUUGUCUGGUUUUGCGAGAUGCUAUCAGAUGCACUUCUGGUACCAAUGGUGAAAUGGAAACCUGAUCUGGCUCUACGAUUGUACUGUACUUAUUUCCUUCAUUGUUUUACUUUCCAAUGUAUAUACAUUCGAUAUAUUCCCCCACUCUCCUUAAAGACCGGUUUGUAAAUCUAAACUGCCUGUAACCAGGUCCGAUUAUUAUACCAGAUUUCCAGCAUCUGCAGGACUUUGCUUUCGGAUUAUGAGUAAAUAGAUUUUAAAGGUUGAUUUCUGAAGGACAGAGAUCAUAAUUAAUAUUACUGGAUGCUGGGCUUAAUUGUAAAUUAUCAGUGAAUGCAGCCCAUUCAUAUUAUUAUAUACUUGCUCUGUGGUUUUGAAGUUGCUAAAAAAACAUCCAUUUGGGUUGCUUUGGGAACAGAGAAAAGAGGACUUCUUGGAAGAUAAUGGAUUGGUUUUACAAUAGUGCCAUCAUUCCACAAUUGAUUUAACGAUCUGCUAAUGUUUCAUCUUUUACUGCACAGCAAGAUCCCUGGAUUUUAAAACUGUUUAAAGGUUACAAUUAUAAUGCCUCGAGCUGGUAAUCAGCCUUGGGCCAGAGUGCGGAGCCUGUUUACAGAUUACCUUUCAUGUGAUGGCAUUAGAUUGCCAACGGGUUAAUAAUAUUCGUUGAAAACAAAUGUAGAAAGUUGCAUCUGUUGGGUUAGUAUUCCGUUGUCUUUGUUGUUUGCUCGGUGGAGAAACACGUUUUCAAAGGCAAAAAAAUUGGUACCAGCACAGAAGUGACUGCAGACCUGGUAUUUAACCUUUUGUACUGAGUGAUACCACAGUGCCCGCUGAGCGUAUGUAAGGGAGUAGAUUAGGUCAGACUAUCACUUUGUUCAUUGAACAGCAAAGCGUACUUUGAUACUUCCUACAUGCUAUCGAAUAAAUAGAGCUAGAUAAUUGAUCUUAUUACUGAUGAGUUGACUGGCGUUGCUAUGCGUUGCUGUGAAACGGGGGAUCAUAAACUGCCUUUGGUGACAGACCUGAACAGGAGGGCUGUUUGAACACUGGUUCCAGGGCAAAAGUCAGCAUUGUUCUGCUGGGGACCUUUUGAAAGUCGGCGAUGCAAAGUCGGAACAAAAUAUGAGCAUCCAUACAUACAAGGGAAGUGGCGAAUCAUACAAAGUACCGCAAAACAUCAUAAAUUAGGGGGAGGGGCGGUUUAUUGGGGAGGAGGUGUGAAGAUGACUUUGGAUGAAAGAGUGUACAAUUGGAGUACACAAAGACCCAACCGUCUCGCUACUAAAUAAAAAUGUAAUAUUGCUGGCAGUUGUCCACUUUGUUCCAUAAUGUCCACUCCUUCGUCAAUCAGGUUAUUAAUAAACAGGCUCUUGACAUAAAUAAGCCUGGAGUGUUACUGCAACAUUUAGGGGUUAACAAAAUAAAUAAAUGAAAAGCUUGA